GUUUCAUACAAGUUUGUUGCGUUUCUGUGUUGCUAUGCGAUGUCGUUCUUCAACUUAACGCAAGUUGGCGUACAAGACCCGAUCAAAACAGCUACUAGAGGCGCUACGAACGAGGCAAGCAGCUGUUCGAAUGGAAUCGCAGACCCGUCGAACGCCGGUCGGUCUCAUUCUGGUCCGAGCAGUUCGUACGACGAGUAUACAAGGAUGCUGACAAAACAUCAGAGGAAUGGCAAAGGUCCGAAUGAGCUUUAUAACACACCAAUAACUACAUCUAUGAACUAUGGACGUUGGACAAGUGAUGCCAGUUUGAAAGAUCAAAGUUGGACGUAUGUACCGAGAAGAGCAAACGUCAACAGUGAGAUGACCAGAUUUGUGGAUGAGAUGGCGCUGACAAACAGAGAUUUCUCCCUAUUCUAGCUGCCUAGACACAAUUGUGUACAACAAAUGCGUAGAAUGAAAGCAUAUCGUUCAUCGAGUGUCUAUCCUGUAUAGUAUAGUAGUCUUCAAACGAUAAAAUUUAAUGGGUUGCUGUGUUUGCAACAGGUUGAUA